CACCCGCAGUAAAGCGAGAGGCGACAGCUAGCCAGCUGCGCGUCUUGUGUUUUUCGGAUUUUGCGGUGCGACCGACGUUUCCUAGCAUUUUUUUAGUUGUUUUUAUAAAUAUAAUGAAGUUUGUUUACAUAUAGUACGUGCGUGAUGUCGAGUUAAUUUAGAACUAAAACUGACUGUUGCCGUUGGUAAUGUCGUUAUGACUGUGCGAGGUGUUCAUUAAACGGAUACCAGUGUCUUUUGUCUGUAAAACAGUGGAUUACACAAGAGGUGGUGGUGUUUAUUCGUUCAGUACAUUGUCGGGUUUUAUGCCUGUGGACCCUGCAGUGUGACCAGUGAUUGUUGUCGUGGCCGGUUUCCACUAAGGAAACUUUCCAAACGUGCUUAAAACAGUGGGUAAUGCUUUCCUAGCGAAUGCGGGCCCUGCCUGCACGCAUUCCGCAGGGAGGCAAGUGCCGGCAAUAAGCAUUUUACGAGAGGCGAACGGCGCGGGUGGCGGGGCGAGCAGCGGAGGGCUGCUGGCCAUGAACGCCACCCAGGUGCAGUGCGAGCCCCACGACUCCGUGGUACUCAUUAAAUAUGAGCACCGGUCGGCGGGAGGUAGCUGGGAGGAGCCGGUGAGCGCGGUGCGCAACGCACCUCUCAGGCGCUCGCAGAGGCUCAACUCCACGCUGGACUCCAGGAGCAGCGGUCAGCUGCGCAACACGCUAAGCCGAGCGCGUGAGCUGUGCGAGCGAUGGCGCAGCGGCAGCGCAUCGACGCCGCCCGCGCCGCCGCCCGACGACGAGGGCGGGGGGCGGCUCGCGCGCUGGUUCAGCGUGCGCCGCGGCUCCACGCACCAAUACGACAUGCACACGCACGAGACGGACAAGAUGCCCAAGUUGCCUGAGUUGGAGGAGGAUCUGUUCUCGUGCGGGGGCGAGGUGCGGGGCGGGCGCGUGCCGCCGCCGUCGCUGGGCCCGCCGCCGGACUCGCUGACGCCGGUGCAGCUCCGCCGGCGGCACGUCGUCGCUGCCAUCAUACACAGCGAGAACUCGUACGUCGCCACUCUACAGCGAUUAGUCAAUGACUACAAGAAACCAUUAGAAGAAAGCAGCCCGGCGAUAUUAAACGCGAGCAAGAUACAAACGUUGUUCCACCGGCUUCCAGACAUACUCCAAUGUCAUCUACACUUCCGCACCGCGUUGGCGGACUGCGCGCGGACGUGGGACCGCGAUGAAAAAAUAGGCGAGGUCUUUCUGAACGCGUUCUCAAAAGCGGUGGUGCUAGAUGUAUAUUCGGAUUUCAUAAACAAUUUCUCCGUCGCGAUGGAGUUAGCCAAGAUGGAGUCGAAACGCAAGUCGGCGCUGGCGGACUUCUUCAAGGUGAAGCAGAUCAGCGCGCACGACCGACUGUCGUUCUUCGGGCUGAUGGUGAAGCCGGUGCAACGGUUUCCGCAGUUCAUUAUGUUUUUACAAGAUUUAUUAAAACACACGCCGCCAGGACAUUCGGACCGCGUUGCUUUGCAACGUGCAUUGACAAGACUGGAGGCUUUGGCCGAAGCUUUGAAUGAAAGAAAACGUGAUGCCGAGAGGACACAGGCAUUCCGCGCGGCGCUGCGGCGGCUGACGAAGGGCGGCGUGGCGGCGGCCGGCGGCGCGGGCGGCGCCACGCGCUUCGGCGCCGCGCGGCUGCUCGCCUCACGCGCAGACAAGCGACAUCUACUGCGCCAGGACGAUUUACUACAAUUGGAGUUCAACCAGUCGGGCGGUCUGUCGAAGUGCAAGCCGCGGCGGCUGCUGCUGCUGAACGACCUGGUGGUGUGCGUGUCGGUGUCGGCGGGCGGCGGCGCGGGCGACGAGGAGCGGCUCGGGCUCAAGUGGGCGCACCCCGUGCACGACGUCGACGUGCUCGACACCGGCACCUCGCCCACGCUCAGCAGGGUCCUCGCUCAAGGUAUGAACCGUAGCGGUAGCCUACGAUCUAACUCGAGCAAUGGACAGCUGAGCACGUCGACCGGCGACUCGCUCUGUAACGAGAUGUCGGCGCUCAUGCACGACUACGAGACGGUGUCGCGCAUGGCGGACCUGGCCGCGUCGCUGCGCACGCCCUACCCGGAGCUCGCGCCGGAGAUGUUCAGGGGGCUGCUGCAGAACAUACAGAGGAGUAUACAGAAAAAAGACGACGAGAUGGCGUGGGUGGACUCGUGCUGCCUGCAGCUGCGCAUCCGCGGGCGCGAGGAGGCGCUCACGUUCCGCGCGGGCGAGCCCGGCGCGCGCCUCGCCUGGGCCACCGAGCUGCGCCUCGCUCAGCUCGCGCAGGCCGCCGCCAACGAGCGCGCCUGGCGCCUGCCCGCGCCGCACCACCCGCCGCCGCACAAGAUGCCGCUCUUCGUCGCCGCCACGCCCGUCUACUCCUCCAAACAUCUCACAGAGGUGCGAUGUGGGUGCUUCUACACGUGCAGUAGCGGGUCGCGCGGCGCGGCGAUGCGUCGUGCGCGCGCGCUGGUGUGGGUGUGCGCGGCGGGCCCGGCGCACUCGCACGUGGCCGUGCUCACGCACCGCGCCGCCGCGCUCAAGACGCUCGUCACGCUCGACCUGCCCGACACCAAAGUCUCCUCCAUGGAGCACGCCAAGGGCACGCCGCAUGUCAACACCCUGUGUGGCGACACUGUCUGGCUCGGCACCGAGGACAAAAAGAUCAUAAUCUUCUCAGCCGUUGAGCCAGAGAAACAAGAAAAACUUGUCGAAGUCCCCACCGUGGCCGCGGUCACUCAGAUUCGCCACCACUGCGACUCCAUGUUCGUGGGACUGGCGAAUGGACGGCUGUCAGUUUUCAGACGGAACCAUGACGACUCGUGGGCGUUGCAGGAGCCGCUCGCUGUCGAGCUCGGUGACAAACCCGUCCACUGCGUGCUGCCCGUGGACGGCAUCGUGUACGCCACUUGCGCCAAACGAGUAUUUGCAAUAAACGCGCUUACCGCUGAGAUAAUGCGUAUGUUUGAAUUAAAAGGUGAAGGUGAUAAAUCUGUCAGAUACCUAGCUCACUCGGGCGUCGGCUUGUGGACCGCAUUUUCCGAUUCGACGUAUGUGAGUUUGUAUCAUGCAGAGACUUUCGAACACUUGCAAAAUAUCGACAUCGCCGCUGACGUGGCAAAGACGAUCGCAGCUCGGGAAGGGACCAAGCCCGCACACGUUUCUGCUCUUCUCGCAGCACAGGGUCUGCUAUGGGUCGGAACCACUGCCGGCGUCAGUGUAACAGUUCCCCUACCGAAACUGGAGGGGUUACCAUUGAUCGGAGGACAUAUAGCAGUAUCGUACCACGCGCAUGCGGGCCCCGUAACAUUUUUACUCCCCCUUAUUCCUGAAUCGCGAGAUGUAGACGUGAACGUGGUCCGCCGUAACUUGUCAAACGCGCGAGCUCUCGCUGGCACGACAACGCUACAGGAGGAGGAUGUCAAGGAGGACAAUGAUAAGCCAAAACUGGAGAGGCGAAUUUCUGAAGAAUCAAGCCCCUAUCGUCCACAACGUGUACAUUCCGCAGUCGUGCGGCGAAAGAAACCUGGCGACGUGCGCCUCAGCAAGACCCUGCCCAAGUGUGCCAAUUUGAAUGCAUGUGACGUGUAUGGACUAUUCGGUGAUCUAAUGUUCGUGAAAGACUGUGUCGGCGAAGGUGACGUGAGCGGUGCGGGCGGCGAAGCGCUGCGGCGCAGUGACCCAGAGCUAGCCGCCAUCCCGUUCCGCGUCAGCACACUGGACCGGCGGCUGCGCAUGCGUGCCGGCCGUCCGCGCAGCCUCGACCUGUCCAGCUGGUCGGUGGACUCGCGCGCUUCGAGUCUUUGCACGUCGUCCGGCAGCGAAGAGUCGAUGGCGCUGCGUGGCGUGUCUCGCACCAGCUCCGGCGCAUCGGGCGCUGCCAGCCUGGCGCCAGUGGCGGUGUCCACGCCAGACUCGUCAUGCGGCUCGUCAGGCAAGUCGUCCGCCUCCGAGCGGUCCGUGUCCCGCAGCGACUCGGCCACGCUGGCGGAGGCGCGUGCCGGCGGGCGGAGCGGCGCGGCACGGAGCCUGCGCGGCGCGGACUAUGUGAUGGGCGAGAGCGCGGCGCGGCGCUCCGUGGUGACGGUGGUGGGCGGGCGCGGGUACGUGGACUGGCGCCAGACGGCGGACGCGGCCGAGCGGCCGGCCCCCGCCGCUGACCCCAACCCCAAGGACGCACACCUCAUCCUGUGGGAGAUGCGCUUGUGACGUGUCACAGCACGUCGUGCCGAGAUCGUCAUAGUAAUGUGUUUGUUUACGCUCGUAAAAGUUUACGUGAGUGAUGUACAGUUUGACCGGUCCGGUUCUCCGGAUCCGUACUUUGUGUCAUAUUGAAUACUUGUCAGCGACUGUAAAUAUAGUUAUGUUGUUGUAAUGAAGAAUGUGUAAAUUUCUAUGUCCGAAGCUCUCCUGCACGAGGCCUCGUGUUAGAGUAAUUUUGCGCUUUGUUAAUAAGCUUCCGAAUGGUAAAUUUAUUAGCUUUAAUUGAAGGCACUAAAUGAUUCAUUACAAAAACGUAUGCAGUAAAGAGAAGAUUUACACUUGUGUAAAUUAUGUGAUAAGCUUUAAAUUAUUUUUCGAUUUUGGGGCUUGGCGUUAUAUUAGUUGUCCCGAUGUUUAUUGUAUAAUAUUUAAGCGUUGGUGCAUUAUUUUUGUGAUUGUUUAUAUUAGUGUUAUAUAGUGUAUGACGAUAGAAUAUAUAAAGUUUAUCGCUUACGAGGUAAGACUCCGAUGUCCGUUCCGAUUUUCCGAUAUUAGUGGUGCACUUUAUCUCAAUAUGAACAAAUUUCUAUGAAUCCAAAUGUUACGUUAGUGAUGGCGCGGUGAGUAUGGACAAUUUGUAUUCGUAGAAGCCGCCUUAAUUAUUUAAGAUAUUAUGUUAAUAGUAAAUGUAGUUUUCCUUUAAUUUAAUGCAAUUUCGAUUUUAUUCAUUUCCAGAUUAAUUUUCAUGUUUUCGAUUAGUUUUGUCGGUAUAUCUGGGUGUACAUUAACUUUGAAAUUAACACAAACCCUAGUGGCCUUAUUUUAUGAAAAUUUCCAGUGUGUGAUUAACAUGUUAUUCGUUUAAGCUUUAUUAUUAGACAUUGUUGUUAAUGUCGCUUUAAGAAUUAGACUGAUCUAGCUUAAGCGUUAAAAUGUAUUAUUAGUUAAAUUUUAGUCGUUUAAUAAUUUCGAACGAAAAUGUUUCACAUUUGUUAAUACCGCAGAUUGUUUAUAAAUGGGUUCUCUAGUUGAUUAUAUGCAAUAUGUCCUUUGUAAAUUGUAUUUAAUUGUUGGAUGUGACAUUUUUAUCAAGCCACUGUUAAAAGCCACACAUUUGAUAUUUACUUGUUUAAAAUGUUCGUCCAUGUAAAUUGUUUCUUCGACAGUUGAUUUGUAUACCAAUUCUAUUAUUGUUAAUAGUUAGCAUAUUGUUUUCGGUCAGUAAUAAAACCUAACAUUUGUUUUGCAUAGUCCAAAGAAAAUAUAAUCAUGCAUGAAUUGAAUAACUUACACUGCCCACAAGGAGUUUAACGUGCCAAAUUGUAAUCAAAACUGAAUCAUUACCUAUUUAUAUUGUGAUGAAUUACAACCGUUUUGGAUAAAUAUGUAUCAAUAAUAAUUGCACAAUAUUUAAAGUCCAUCACUGUAGAAGUUUCCAUACUGAAAAAUAUACUAGAUGCCGUUUGUAAAGCGAAAAUGUGAAACACCACGAAACAAAUCUCGAAUGAUAUCUCGAAACUUUUUGUUAAGCUUGUAUUUAGAACAGACUCGAAUUCGAUUAUUUAUACUCCCAAGCGUCACAAAAUGUAUGUAGGUGUAAAUAAAUUUUAAGUUUAUAUAUGUACACCUGUA